GAAACACGAAAAGUUAAUAAUCUUGCAAGGCGUUAAUUAAGACGUCGUAGCAGAUCGUAAUUUCUGGAUGUAGGAGAGGCAAAUUCAAGGCGAAGGGACCAACGUUCAUUUACCGUCAACAAACUACGUUAUGCGCCGUCUUGGCCCAGGUGUGUGUGCGAAUUCAGCUUAACAACACAAUGGCCAAGUGAACUUCGACAUUUGAACGGGCCAACGAUGGCCCUUCGCGUAUACCAUUAUCGAUAGACGCGAGCCAAGUCGAGCGUGCAGAAACUGCCUGUGUUAUGAACCGUGAAGAAGACCGAAAUUCGUACGCGAGAUGAAUCUGCUUAAGAAGAAAUGGGUAUGUGCAACUUCUAUGGCAAACAAAUGAGUUUGGCAUACUUGAGAUUUUCUCUUUAGUUUCACCGACUUGAAAUUUUUCUUAGUUCGUGGAAUUGAACUGUUACUCUUUGUGUUCUGACUUGGAAUAAUGAGAUGUGAUUGGUUAGAAUUGUAGAAUUGUAAGUUCUGGGCAAACUUGCUUGUUACAGUAGUUAUAUGUAAAUUAGUAUUAAAGAAAGCAUCAGAAACUUGCUAGAUCUAAACCUCGUCUUGCUAUGCAAGGUAUUUCUAUGUAAAUUAUCAAGGUUGAUGAUGAAAGGAAUUCGAUAGAAAUUAAUUCAAACGUUCAAUCUUGAAUUAAUGUGAUUCGAUUGCGAUUGAAUGCAACUGAUGUGAUUUAAAUUCGACAAGAUUGAAUUUGACGCAAUUCGACGUUAUUCAAAUUCGAUCUAAAUUGCAGGCGAUUCGAUGUAAUUCGAUGUGACGUAAAUUCGAGACAAGUGGAAUUCGACAUGACUGAAUUUUGACGCGAUUGAAUUUGCUGUAAUUGACUUCAUAGUUAUCCAAAUUUGACGCGACUGAAUUCGACAGCACAGAAUCCAACAUAAGUUUAACUCGAUUCCUUUCAAACUCAAUUCGACUCAAAAUCCUUACAAAACAUCACCUCUCUAAGUCAUAACUUCCCAGCUCGUCCUCCACGAUUCAACAAACGCACCUCAGCCUAAAACUGUCCUUCCAUAACACUGUCAUUCCCAGCCGAAAGUUUUCCAAUAGCCCUCACAAACAGAAUUUCACCGCAACAAUUACCAUGUAUAAAUAUGUACAUCAAGAAAUACAAACAAGCUAUCAAAACUUUAUACGGCGUUCAACCGCGAAACUUUCGAAACGGCGUAAACUUUGCACUUUUGCUAACCGUGAUAGAAAGAUAUUCGCGUAAACGAUGCCGACCAUAAAUUGAACCUUAGUACGAUAACGUUUGGUCUGGCUAAAUAUUAACGCUCUAAAGAACGGGGCAACGGUAUCGAAAUAUAUGCUCGGGUCUCGUAAACGAAUCGUCGUGAAGCAAAGUUCGUUUCGUGAUUUACGAGUCGCGAUAUUGGCGGACGAGAAAAGACGAACGACUUUGUCGGGUUCGAGUAACUCCGUAUUAAGGAAAAAUCAGUUUAUCAAACUUUCCUCUUCGCCUCUAAGUGCUCGUCUUCUCUGCAGGAGGUGUAUAUCCUUGGAGAAAUCGUUUUCGUGUCUCUUGCAGUAAUGGGAGAUAUCCAAAGCUGUUAAAACGUCGCUAUCGCGGAUCGUCUUGGGGCCAUAAUGAAAACCGAGAAGCCGUAAUUGCGAUGAGAUCGGUCAUUUUUAUACAACGAUUUGUCUCGUUACUUGUCGUGUAAAAAAAUGUCAGACAGCAAAAGAGUUAAAAAAUAAAAGCAGAACUCGGUCAUUUAUAUCCAGGCAUAAUUAUUUAUUUAUCUACAGACCACCAAUCUGACCAAUUAAACAUAUCUUCGUUUAGUAUGGAAGUAAAAUGUCGAACAAGUACGUAGUUGAAUUUUCCUCAUUCAUUCUCAUAAAUAUUAAUGUGUACCAUAUCGGUAAUAACGCAUUUCUAAAGUUAUCGCAUACUAUGUGCUCAUGCGCAAAACUCUAUAUAAGCUCGAAUGUUCGGUAAUCCUUAAAAGUAGUAUCAAACCUCUAAGCUUCAAAUCCAAGAAUCAUGGCUUCUACUUUUCUGAAGCUUUUGGUGGUUGUAAUAGUUCUACUGGUGGUCUACGUGGUAAAGGCGUACAGCUACUGGAAGAGACGAGGAAUUCCAACGGCCAAAGGAGUCAUUCCGUUCCUGGGUCACAUGUUACCUGUGUUUACUUUCAAGGUGAAUGUCUCCGAGUUAAUACGCGAGAUGUACACCGAGAACAAGGACGUCAGUAUGGUCGGAUUUUACAAGAUGACCACUCCAGUGUUGCUGAUUCGCGAUCCACAUUUAUCGAAGAUCGUGUUGCAGAAAAACUUUUCCAGUUUCCAAGACACCGGCGUGAGAAUCCAUCCGGAUAAAGAUCCACUUUUGUCAACGAACCCGUUCUUCUCCACCGGUGAAGUAUGGUCGAACUCGAGGAAGCGUUUAGUGAGCGCGUUCACCAACGUGAAGCUGAAAAUGCUGUCCGGGGUGGUGAACGGCGUAUGCAAGAAGAUGGAGGACUUCCUCGACCGGCGAAUACGAAAGAACGAAUGCGAAAUCGAACUGAAAUGGUUCUUCUCGAAAUUCACCGGCGAGGUGGUGGCGAACGCCGGUAUAGGCGUGGAGGGCUUCUGUUUCGAGGACGAAUCGCAUCCCGAUGCUUUCGAUCGGAUCGGGGACCUGCUAUUCAAGUCGGGCUUCAAAAUGGUGCUGGAGAACACGGUGGUGUUCGCUCCGAGACUCAACGACAUUUUAAAAUUGAGACUCGUGCCGAAAAAGGUGGACAAAUUCUUCAGGGACGUCGUCAGACAGACUCUCAUUACUAGAAAAAGUGAAUCGGUUCCUAGGAAGGACUUUUUGCAAUCGAUAAUCGACUACGAAUUGGCGGCAAACGGAAAGUUCGACGAAGAGACGAUCGCCUCCGAAGCGCUUUCCAUCUACAUGGACGGCUACGAAACGUCCAGUAUCACUCUGAGUUUCAUCGGUUUCCACCUGGCAUCGCAUCCAGACAUUCAGGAAAAAGUGAGAAAGGAAGUGAUGUCCAAAUUAGAGAAACACGGGGGUCAUAACGUUCGAGGCUCUGAAGGAGAUGACGUACAUGGAUCAAGUGAUCAGCGAGUCGCAAAGGUGCUAUCCUGCCAUAGGCUUCUUAACCAGAGUCUGCACGCAGAGGUGCGAGCUGCGAGGAUCGGACGGGCUGAUGUUGCAUGUGGACCCUGGCGUAGAAAUCGUUAUAUCCAACCAUGGACUACAAGUGGACCCGGAAUACUGGUCUGAUCCGGACGUUUUUGAUCCGGAACGAUUCAGAGAUAACCAGCCUACAGAAAAAUUGAUUUUCCUUCCCUUUGGACAGGG